CAAAGGUCGACUGCGAACAGCUGCGGACGGCCACAGCCCGUGCUGUGUGACGGAGAUCUCGUGAGGAUCGCGGCCAAAGAUGGAUGGUGGCAGCUCUGCGCUUCUGCUCGGCGAGGGCAACUUCUCGUUCGCACUGGCGCUCUCGACUCUGCUCAGCAGGUCAGGCCACUCACACUCACACACACACACACACACAGCCACACACACACACAGCCACAGCCACACUCACACAGCCACAGCCACAGCCACACGGCAAGCGCGAUGAGUGACUUGGUGUGCGUGUGUGUGUGACGUGACUGGCAGGAAGGACGAGUGCGAAAGGACGAGGGCGCUGCGCUAUCUGGGUGUCGCCCGUCCGCCAGACCGCUUGUAUGCCACAUCCUUUGACUCCUUUUCGGAAGUACACCGAAAGUACCCCGAGGCCCAUGGGAUCAUCGAGCGGCUGCACAGGGCACAAGAGGUACCUGUACAGGUGCUGCACGGCAUCAACGCCUGGGCUAUCGAUGCACACUUCCCAGGCGCACGGUUCGACCUCAUUGCAUGGUAGGUAGGCCAAAACAACACACCGCACAGACAGACAGACACACGCAAAAGGUAUGUAUAUGUGCGAGAAUCGCGUUGCGCUGCAGGAACCACCCCCACCUGGGAAAAGAGGAUUUCCGCCUGCAUCGCUUUCUGAUGGCCCACUUCUUCUAUUCUGCGGCAGAGGCACUCACACCUGGUGAGUCGAGCACAUAGCUAUGCAUAGAUACAUACAUGACACACACACCUCCCACACCACACAUACACAGGCACACACACGACGUGCGCACAGGACAGGACAGGACGCAUCGGAUCUGCUUCAUGUGCGGUCGGUCAGGUGGGCUGGUGUGCGUGAGUCUGGUGGACGGGCAGGCCGAGAGAUGGGAGGUGGUGCAGCAGGCACAGCGGCACCAUUUGAUGGUGGGUCGAUGCACACAUACUCACAAUACAUACUGGCCAGCCAGCUGGCGUCCGUGUGUGAGUGUGCGGGUGUGCGUGUGUGCAUACUGCUUCUGUCCAUUUGAAUACCCAUCAGCUCGAGUGUGUGGAUCCCUUCGAAGACAGCGACUAUCCCGGCUACCAGUGCAAGAGAAACAAAACGGGACAGGUAAAUUGCAUGUCAUGGCAUGCACAGUGAGCGAUAGACAUCAUUUGCUUUGACAAACUGGCUGCAGUCCUUCAAGAAUCUGCACACCAAGCAGCACGUCGGCAGCGAGAUGCGCUCAUUCACGUACCGAUUCAGACACGAGUCCGCAGCCCAAGACCGUCCCCAACAGAGCAAAGUCGCCGCAGCACCAUCCAGCAGCACCAACGGCAUGCCACCCGACGCACCAUUAGACCAAGAGGCCACCACGGGCAGAGUGCCUGGCGACGACAAAUGGGGAGAGAGGGUUGCAUCAAAUGGGCAAAGAGCGCUAUCAUCCCCGGCUGCCGAGAGCGACUUCAUCUGUCCGCACUGCAAAGUAAACAUAGCGCAGCGCACCAACGAGUGAAUCAAUGGCUGAAUACCAAUGGCCUGGCCUCUCAAUGCAUCGUUUUCCCUUCCAGAAGGAGUUCAGAUCUCUCCGGGGGCUGAGGACACACGUCCGGCAGGUGAGAUGGAUGAACGUGUCACUCACGCAAAUCCUGUCUCUCUGUUCGUUCUGUCUCACCACUCACUCACUGUGUCCACCCACGUACAUUGAUUGAUGUCAAUGAAGGUUCACGAGCUGAAGAAGUAUGGAGACGGCUGGCGGCCGCAUCGACCGAGGAUCCUGCAGUGCGCCGCGUGCGACCGAGCGUUUGCAGACCUCGAGGCCCGGUAGGUGGGUGGGUGGGUGGUUGGACGACGGGUUGAGUGAUGGGGCGGUCUCGCCAUGCCAUCCACCGAUACGUGGGAGGGAGGGAGCGUAUAUGGAUCCAUGCUACAUGUAGGUGGCAGCAUGCGGUGGCCAAGCACACGUACCAGGGCGCUGAUGAAGCCAAUGAGCCAUCCCAGUCAACGAGAACACUAGAUGCACCCUCUUUUGACUCGUACUACCCUUGCCCAAUCUGUAAGCCACCUACCUAUAUGCGAUCAAUGCAACGUGACGACCAUACCGAUUGUAUAUGUGCGUGCAUCCGCAAUUAAGUCUCUGUCUCACCGACUUGGUGCGUGUGUGGACGAGUGCAGGUGGGUUGGCCGUGCCGGGCGAGUGGGGGAUCCAUCAGCAUCUCGAGUCCCUCAAACCGAUCGUCGGUCUCGUCGCAGAGUGUGUCUUGUGCCACCGACAGUUCAUCGAGUACAGAGCGCUCCAGCAGCACCGGAAUUUCUGCAAAGCCAAGCAAGAAGGGAACAAGGGAAUUAUUGCGUGAACUGGGUGGGCGGAUUGAUCGUGAUGUGCGGCUGGCUGGACGUCACUUAACUUGUGUAAGCGUCGGAGGGCAAGGCAGCAUAUACACAUGUGGGCCUGUAGCAUGGGUGUGAUACUAUUGCAUAUUACAUAAUAUAUAUACGUACAUCCGGUGCUGGUCUUUCUGUCUGGUAGAUAUGUACAGUGUUGAUCUAGGUCGGGGAGACACGCACGCAUGCAAUAAUAGUUGGAUGCCAUUUCAGAAUCCGAAUGAAAUUGGUUACACCAAUCGAUAUCGUUGAGUGUGUUCGCUGCGAGUGCGUAUGCGUAUUACAGUCAGUAGUAUAUCGGUUAAUUGAUAUUUCCGGAUGAUGUUGGUUGUCGGUCGGCGUAUGUGGUGUCGUGCUGUGUUGUGUUGUCCACCGGUCUGUCUGCCACUGGCCGGUCUGGUCUGUUGCAAAUCUGUUGUCGGGUGCGGUGCUGACUGACCGGUCUGUCUGCUGGUUGACCAGACCACCUCGGCAUCCAUCCCCACCAUGUUAUGUUCGCACUCUACGCCACUGGGCAGGGCAGGUUCUCGUCAUACAUAUUGGUCAGCCAGGUUCUCG